AUGACGCGGGCUUAUACUAUGAAGGGGAAGAAGCGAAAGAACAAGGAAGUGUUAACGAAGUACGACCGUGAAGAAAAGGAAGAAGAACAAAUCCAACAAAAAAAACCAGCGAUUCAGAAUGAAGAACCAACACCAAUAGUUGCAAAAACAGAGGAAAAUAGUGAACUUGCAGGUAUUCCAAUUACUCCUUCUGUUGAAAAAAACAGUCAGGAACCGGGUGUUAUUUUUGUUCUCGAAAAAGCUUCUUCGAAAGUCGCUAAAGUUGGAAAGCUGUGUCUACACACUUAUCAGCUUUUGAACUCGGAUGGUCAUGCUAAUUUCCUCCAGAAAAAUAACAAGAAUCCUGGUAAUUACAGGCCGGACAUUUGUCAUCAGGCACUUCUAUCAAUUUUAGAUAGCCCACUAAAUAAAGCUGGGAGGUUGAAAGCCCUAUACGUAAGGACUGAAAAAGGUGUUCUUAUAGAGGUUAAGAACUAUGUUCGUAUUCCAAGAACAUUCAAACGGUUGGCUGGUGUCAUGUUGGAACUGCUUCAAAAAUUGAGUAUAUCUGCUGUUGGCGAGCGCGAGAAACUUAUUGUGGAACAUAUGGAACUCUUGUUCUCUAAUAGGUACAUACCUAUGCAUUUGGGAAAAUUUUAUGGUUUCAACAAAAGUAAAAAUUGUGGCCACAUUGAAUUAGAUCUGAGAUAUGAGGGGAGUUCCUUUUGGCUGUAUGAGUGCAAUGAGCAUGUGGAACAAUGCUUGAAGACUAAAGGGUAA